GACGUCGUAUAAGUCCAUCAAGGCUCAUGCUCGUGAUUGUCAGUAGCUCUUCUUGGAAAAACAGUAGAUCCAAAGUCCACUCAUCAAACUCAUAAUUUUACCCUUUGAAUUCACCUUUUGUAUGAUUGAGAAGUAAAUAGUAGUUCCCUUUUUCUUCUCUGAUUCUUCAUAUUUUCAAGAAUUGUGUGUUUUUCUGUAAAUACAUUUGUAUGGUGAUGAGCUAGCUGUGAACCCAUCAAGAAAAAGGGGAAUUUUUUUAUUGAAAUUAAGAGAAUCCCCAUGGAUUUUCUGAGAAUUACUUCUCUAAUUUUCAUCUGUGGAGUUCUACUGAACUUUCCUGCUAUAGUUACAGCUGGUGAUAUUGUUCAUGAUGAUGACUUAGCUCCCAAGAAGCCUGGUUGUGAGAAUGAUUUUGUGCUGGUGAAAGUUCAAACUUGGAUUAAUGGGGAAGAGGAUGCAGAAUUUGUUGGUGUUGGUGCUAGAUUUGGCACUACUAUUGUGUCAAAGGAGAAAAAUGCACAACAAACUCCGCUUACUCUUUCUGACCCUCGGGAUUGUUGCAAGCCUCCAAGGAAAAAGCUUUCUGGAGAAGUCGUCAUGGUAGAUCGCGGCCAUUGCAAAUUCACAACGAAGGCUAAUAAUGCUGAAGCAGCAGGGGCUUCGGCAAUCCUGAUAGUAAAUAAUGAAAAAGAACUCUACAAGAUGGUUUGUGAUCCUGGAGAAACUGACCUAGAUAUACACAUACCUGCUGUUAUGCUACCUCAGGAUGCUGGAAUAACGCUUAAUAAAAUGCUUUUAAAUGGCUCAUCAGUUACCGUGCAACUCUAUUCUCCAAAACGACCAGUAGUGGACAUUGCAGAAGUAUUUUUGUGGCUGAUGGCUGUUGGUACAAUCUUGUGUGGUUCUUAUUGGUCUGCUGGGAGUGCUAGAGAAGCAGCUAUAGAGCAGGACAAGCUGUUGAAGGAUGCUUCAGAGAAAGAGCUUCCAAAUUUUGGAACUGGUGAUUCAAGCACCGUGAUGGAUAUAAACAUGAUAUCAGCAGUCUUAUUUGUUGUUGUUGCUUCUUGCUUCUUGAUUGUUUUGUAUAAGUUAAUGAGGUUCACAUGGUUCUUUGAAAUUUUAGUGGUUCUCUUCUGCAUCGGUGGUGUGGAGGGGCUACAAACUUGCUUAGUUGCCUUGCUAGCAAGGUGGUUUAAGCGUACGGGACAGUUAUACAUUAAAGUACCCAUUUUUGGUGCAGUUUCUUAUCUUACUUUGGCUGUUUCGCCAUUCUGCAUAACUUUUGCAGUGGUUUGGGCAGUGUACAGAAAUUCUUCUUUUGGCUGGAUAGGUCAAGACAUACUUGGUAUCGCACUUAUAAUUACAGUUCUGCAAAUUGUGCGGAUACCUAAUCUCAAGGUUGGUUCAGUUCUUUUGGGUUGUGCCUUCAUCUACGACAUAUUUUGGGUAUUUGCUUCUCAGAGUCUCUUCCAUGAAAGUGUGAUGAUUGUGGUAGCUCGUGGUGAUAAAAGUGGAGAGGAUGGUAUUCCAAUGCUGCUGAAGAUUCCACGACUAUUUGAUCCAUGGGGUGGUUACAGCAUAAUCGGCUUUGGUGACAUCCUAUUGCCUGGCCUGCUAGUAGCAUUUUCACUUAGGUAUGAUUGGCUUGCAAAGAAGAAUCUUCGAGCUGGUUACUUCUUGUGGGCGAUGAUUGCAUAUGGAUUAGGUCUUCUUAUAACAUAUGUAGCAUUGAACUUAAUGGAUGGUCAUGGCCAACCUGCACUUCUUUACAUCGUCCCAUUUACCCUCGGGACCUUUUUGAUGCUGGGGAGAAAGAGAGGUGACCUGAAAAUUCUUUGGACAAAGGGUGAACCAGAAAGGGUGUGCCCACAUGUUUGUCUCAUAUCAAUCGAAGAAUCGAAUCGAGAAGGAUAAGAGCAAUCUUCCUCUUGUAAUUAUAUAUAUUAUACUGACCUAUGUAUUAUCUGUGCUAUCAAUCAUUCAUCAUUCUGGUAUUAUUUAGCUGUUUUAAGGCUUAGCAAAAUCUUCAGUUAAGUACAUACACAUUUGAUAAGCCAGUUAUUAAUGUACAGCUGAUUGAUUAGCAUUUGUCACUUUGGUUAAAAAAGUGUAGUUGCUGCGUAACUUUGAUUA